UAGUUCAGUCGUUUCGAACCAACCAAUCACCAGCUUCCGGGGUAGGCCGGUUGAGCUGGAGCGGCAGCGAGUUGGCUCGGUCUGUGGUGCGCGCGCGCGCGAGAGAGAGAGGAAGGCAGGCAGUUGGCAAGCGAGGCCUCAGAAACCGUGGCGGCAAAGAUGACUGGGUCAAAUGAAUUCAAGUUGAAUCAACCACCCGAAGAUGGAAUCUCAUCAGUUAAAUUCAGUCCUAAUACAUCCCAGUUUCUGCUUGUGUCAUCUUGGGACACUUCUGUACGAUUGUAUGAUGUUCCUGCCAACACCAUGAGGCUCAAGUAUCAACAUACUGGAGCUGUGCUUGACUGUGCCUUUUAUGAUCCUACACAUGCCUGGAGUGGAGGAUUAGAUCGCCAGUUAAAAAUGCAUGAUUUGAACACUGAUCAAGAAAAUCUCGUGGGUACCCAUGAUGCUCCUAUCAGAUGUGUGGAAUAUUGUCCAGAAGUGAAUGUAAUGGUAACAGGAAGUUGGGAUCAAACAGUCAAGUUAUGGGACCCCAGAACACCAUGUAAUGCAGGAACAUUUUCUCAGCCAGAAAAGGUAUAUACAUUGUCCGUGUCUGGUGAUCGACUGAUUGUGGGAACAGCUGGUCGGAGAGUUUUGGUGUGGGACUUAAGGAACAUGGGUUAUGUUCAACAAAGAAGAGAAUCGAGUCUUAAAUAUCAGACUCGUUGCAUCAGAGCAUUCCCUAACAAGCAGGGUUAUGUGUUAAGCUCUAUAGAAGGCCGUGUUGCAGUUGAGUAUUUGGAUCCAAGUUUGGAAGUACAGAAGAAGAAAUAUGCUUUCAAAUGUCAUAGAUUGAAGGAGAAUAACAUUGAGCAGAUAUAUCCCGUUAAUGCCAUCUCUUUCCACAAUGUCCACAACACAUUUGCUACAGGUGGUUCUGAUGGUUUUGUCAAUAUUUGGGAUCCAUUCAAUAAAAAGAGGCUCUGCCAGUUCCAUCGCUAUCCUACAAGCAUAGCAUCACUAGCCUUCAGUAACGAUGGAACCACCCUUGCAAUAGCAUCAUCAUAUAUGUAUGAAAUGGAUGACAUUGAACACCCUGAAGAUGGUAUCUACAUUCGCCAAGUGACAGAUGCCGAAACAAAACCCAAGUCUACUUAACUUUUGAGAAAAAAGCUUCAGUAAUUUUUUAAGCUGUAAAAAUGUGCGACCACCUACUCUGGCAAGAUGAAAUUGAAAUAAAUCCUUGGAUUAAAUGAAGACAUGUUUUCAAUGAUGCUUUCUCUGACUAGUGUUUAUGUAAUUGUUCAGUGUUUUCUCAUUCUUGUAUCUUUUGCAUAUCCAGGAAACAGUGUGUUCAGUUUGAGCAAUAUCUUUUUCUGUAAGCCACUUUGUUUUGAAAUGUUACAUUUUGUAGUUUAACUUUUGUACAGAUUUAACAGCAGUUUUACUGAUAAAUAAAUGAUUCUUUCAGAAAGCUAAUGGUA